AUGAGCUCCAACACUUACCAUCACCACCCUUCAGACAACUUCCGCUUCUCUCCCUCCGGUUUUGGCAGCAGAAGCAUGACUUACCCCCGAUCCCCCCCCUUCUGGGCCCCCUCUACCCACCCCCCCCACUCCUCCCAAUCCCCCCCCGCCCUCUCCGCCCACUCCGCCCAAUCCCCCCUCUCCGCCCGCUCCCCCAUCUCCGCCCACUCCGCCCAGCGCCCUUCCCGUUCCCUUCACUCCCCCGCAUCAGCUCACUCCCCCGUCUCCCCCCACUCUGACCCCUCGUCCCACCCGCGUCACAAGCACGCUAAAUCCCUCUCCCCGCAAUCCCACCCGCGUCUUGAGUCAACUCAAGACUCCCCCAUAUCGCCAUACUCCGCCCUCUCCGCCCUCUCCGCCGUCUCCCCCUCCGCUGGCCCCUCAUCCCACGCGCGUCACAAGCGCGCAUGGUCCCUCUCCCUUGGACCAGACGCAUGCCUCGAGUCGACUCAACACUCCUCUGCACUAGCUCCCUCCGACCCCUCCGCCUUCUCCCCGCUCUCGUCCCACCACCCGCGCCACACACGCGUAGGCUCUCUCUCCCUGCGCUCCUCCUGUGCGCCCUGCUCGCCUCUCUCCGCCUCCCCCACUGCCUCUGCUGCUACCUCUCAUGCGUCUGAGCCUGAUUGGUCCGGCAACCCGCGUGCUUCUCCCCGCUCUUCCGCCAUCGCCACUCCCAAAUUGCCGAGCCCUUGUGCCUCCCCCCCCCAUCCCGCCCAGCCGCAUGCCGUUCCGCCUUGUCGUGCACCCGCUCCUUAUGCUGUCGAUGGGGAUACGAAUGGGGGGAAGGAAGGGAGAAAGAGCCCGAGCGUUAUCGGGUGCAAAUCUUACACUGAUCUGCCUAGGGUAAUAUCAUUCGGAUGGUGGGAAGAGCUCAACUCUGAGAUUAUAUGUCAGGAGAGGAAGGAGAGGAAGGAGAGGGAGGAGAGGGAGGAGGAGAGGAAUGAAAUGAAGGAGGAAAUGAAGGAGGGGAGAACGGAAGAGCGUAAGGAGAGGAAGGAGGGAGUAGCGCAGGAGGAAAAGAAGCAGGAGAGCAACACUCGAGUAGCAUCUCUUGAGGCGCUGCAGCAAGGCAGUGGUUUUGCGAGUGGCAGUGGGUUGAGCGAUGAGGCACCUGGGAAUGGUCAGCCUUCAGACAAGGAGGAGUUGAGAGAGGGAGGAGAAGAAGUGAGUGAGGAGGAGGAGGAGGAGGAGGAGGAGGAGCAGAGAAGCAAGGGAGAGAGGAAUAUGAGCAACGCCGCCCUUGGGAAGCAGCCGAAAUUUCGUAGGUACCCCUUCUUGGAAGCUCCUGUGGGGCCGGAGAAGGCCCAUGCUGCCAUUCGCGCGCAUGGUGGCAUGGCCGCGCAUGGUGGCAUAGAUGGUGGUGUGUAG